AUGUCCAACAACGAUCUUCCAAAGGUGAGCAAAUCAAAGUUUGUUGUCGGCAAGCACCACCCCUCAAUGCAGAAGAACCGAGAAAACAGCGGCGCCGGUGGCAGUGGAACGGCCUUGACGGCUCGUCGCCAGCACAGCAUCGACACGGUCGCCUCCAAGCUGAGCAUGAUGACCACCAAGGAGCUCCCCGCCCUCUCCACGGUCUCCACAAAAGGCAGUCAAGAUCCGAUGACCUUUCUGGAGUUCCGCGGCUACCACGUCGUCAAAGAGCUCGGAGCGGGAGGAUUUGCCCACAUCUACAAAGGCCGCGCCAAGAAGGCCAGUCGGUCGAUGGCCAUCGGGCAGUCGGUAGCGAUCAAGGUCUUUGAUCUCACUGAUGAGAGUAAACAGGGCUGGAUCAUCAACUGUCUCAAGCGGGAAAUGCUCAUAGCGAAGAACCUCCAACACAAGAACAUCGUCACAACCUAUGAGGUCUUUAAGACGCAGCGAAACGGCUUCAUCGUCAUGAAGCUGGCCGACGGCGGCGACCUCAGCGCAAAGAUGAUCAAACAGAAUGAACCGUACAGUGAGGAUGAGACACGCAAGUACUUUCGCCAGCUGAUGGAAGGCCUGGCGUACAUGCACUCACAGAACACUGCACAUCGCGACUUGAAGCUGGAAAACUUUCUCCUCUUCCUCGAAGACGACCGACCGGUGAUCAGCGACUUUGGCUUUGCCGUUUGUGCCACUCAGACGCACACUGUGCUCACCGAGAUGAUGCGCAACUCCUUCUGUGGAACGCCGGGGUACAUGGCGCCGGAGGUGAGCGCCGGUCGCCCGUACGACUCUAAGGCGGUUGACGUCUACGCAAUGGGCGUUAGCCUCUUUGAGAUGCUGAAUGGCAAAAAGCCGGCGGCGCAAGGCGACCUCAGAUAUCGAGUGCAGCUGCCUGCCUCCUGUCGGGCCCUGAUUGAGUCCAUGCUCAUGUCGCGCGCCUCUCGCCGCCCCAAAGCCGCCCAAGUGCUCGAAGACAAGUGGCUGACGCCCAAUGUGGCGAAUCGCAUUGGCAAUCUGCUGGGCUUCACCUGA